AUGAAACUCGGCAGGUGUGUUGACCUGGAGGACGGGCGAGCUGAGGACGUGGUGGAGCUAUUGGUGUCGAACGAGGGAAAGGGCACGGAUGAUUUCCAGGGUGGGGGGAAAACAGCGCUGAUGCUUACAGCCCGCGAAGGCCACAAGAGUGUCGUCUGCGAGCUGCUGAACCAUGGCGCUGAAAUCAACAAAAAUGGCGAGAAGUGUGGACAAACUGCCCUCCAAUUUGCAGCUGGCUGUGGGCACAAUAAUGUUGUUGGUUUUCUCGUGGAGAGGGGAGCGGACCUCGAGUCUCCUCACUCCCGCCUAAAGGGCGCGCUGCAGCUGGCAGCCGAAGGCGGUCACCUGCGUGUCGUCAACGCUCUGGUUCUCGGUGGCGCCACUGUAUCCUGUGGAUAUGUCGGACGCCUCCUUUAUGGCGUAGAGGAAGGAUUCGGUGCAACACUCGACAAUCUCCUGGGAGGAGGGAAAGUUGGGGGGGCGGUGGUUUAA